AUGGGCGACGCCGGAAGCCUAGCCCUUAGGCACGUCGAUGUGCUGCCAGUACCACUUGAGCGUUUCGGCAAAACCUCCCCAGCCCCUCGCUUCAACGACAUCGAGGCAUACCGCAAGCUCUAUAAAAAGUCCAUCGAAUCGCCAGAUCACUUCUGGGCAGAGCAAGCCCGCUCCCUCCGGUCCUUCCAGGAUGGGGACAACGCCUGGUUCCCCGAAGGACGACUGAACGCAUCGUUCAAUUGUGUCGAUAGACAUGCCAAACGCAAGCCGGAUGGGAUAGCGCUCAUCUUCGAACCUGACGACCCAAGUGGCCAGAACCGAUAUGUUACGUGGGAAGAGCUGCAGCAGGAAGUAAGCCGCUUGGCCUGGGUCCUGACGCGGGAUUUCAAGGUGAAGAAAGGUGAUACCGUAGCGAUUUACAUGCCUAUGGUACCGGGGGCGUUCGUUGCUGUGCUUGCGUGUGCGCGUGUUGGGGCAAUUCACUCGGUUGUGUUUGGAGGGUUUUCUGCGAAUGCUCUUCGGGACCGGAUCCUGGAUGCGGACACUAGAGUCAUCUUGACGGCGAAUAAGGCGUUACGAGGUGGGAAGGUGAUUCCUCUGAAGAACAUCGUCAACGAAGCUUUGAGUCAGUGCCCGGAUGUCGAGCAUUGUCUCGUGCUUCAGGCGACGGACGGGCCGGUCAAGAUGGUCGCUGGGCGUGACCGAGAUUGGGAGACUGAGUCGAAGAAGUGGCCAGCUGUGUUUGCUCCAGUCUCCAUGGCUCCAGAGGAUCCGCUGUUUAUGCUUUACACAAGUGGCAGUACCGGAAAACCGAAAGGCCUCAUGCACACGACUGCUGGCUAUCUCCUAGGCACGGCGCUGUCUACCCGAUGUGUAUUCGACAUUCACGCCGACGGAGGAGAUGUCUUCUUCUGCGGUGCAGACAUCGGCUGGAUUACUGGACAUUCUAACUCCCUGUACGGCCCUCUCAUGCUCGGCUGCACCGUAGUGAUCUACGAAGGCACUCCUGUGCAUCCCACGCCAUCGAGGUACUGGGACAUCAUCGCCAAGCAUAGAGUCACUCAGCUGUACUCUGCGCCAACAUAUGUGAAGAGCGAGGCAAUACAGGAGCAUCUGCGAGUAGUGGGGUCAGUCGGAGAGCCGCUUGCCGCGAACGUCUGGCAGUGGGUGCACGAUGUGGUUGGGCGAGGCCAGGUUCAUGUCCCGGCGCUCUUGAACCCCACGAAAGGCGCAGAACUUACCACACCUGGAGUGGAAGGCGUUUUGACCAUCAAGCGACCAAUACCUAGUAUGUCUCGGACCGUCUGGCAGGACCACGAUCGCUUCAUGAAUGUGUACUACAAUCCAUAUCCCGGCUACUACUUCACUGGCGAUGGUGCGUUUAGAGACAAGGACGGAUAUUUCUGGAUCCAGGGACGGGUCGACGAUGUGAUCAACGUUGCAGCCCACCGACUGUCCACAGCAGAGCUCGAGGCAGCUCUCCUCGAGCACAAGUACAUGGCUGAAGUCGCCGUGGUUGGUGUGCCAGACGACCUCACUGGACAAGCUAUAUGUGCGUUCGUAUCACUCAAUAGGACUCUCGAUGCAGCAGAAGCCGUCAAGAUGGCCAAGCUUCAAGUUUCGGACAGUAUCGGCAAGUUCGCUUCACCCAAGCAUGUCAUCGUCGUCCAGGACUUACCGAAGAACCGAGCUGGUAAGAUCAUGCGGCGGCUGCUCAGGAAGAUCUGGUGUGGUGAAGAAGAUCAGCUGGGAGAUAUAAGCACAUUGAUCAAUCCUCCCGCUAUUCCAGCCAUCAUCAAUGCCGUCAAAGGUGUGGGUGCGUCUGGAGAGGUGCAAGCGGUGCCGGAGACUCCAGAUCCCAUUGACGAGGUUGAAGAAUUGCCCAUGGGGGCACCGAGAAGAAUGACUGAAGUCGAGCAGUUGCAAGCUGUUGCGCGUAGAUUGUCGAUAUGCUGA